UUUUCCUCCAACACUGCAUGGAGUCUGUUGAUUUGUAUUUUAUAAGACUACACAGACGUCACAUCUGAAUCUGCCCUGCAGCCUCAGGAAAAGACGCCAUUUAUUUUACAAACAUGGAAAAAGAAAGAAGAUCCUCUCAACAGUUCGGAGCGACGGAGAAACCACCAGAAAAUGUCAUCUCGAUGGCCGACUCCACGGCCACGGUGGAGGACAUCGAAGGGGAGUUGUUCAAGAUUGAGCGGAUACGUGAGGUCCUCGUACGAAGAGAAUCGGAGCUAAGAUACAUGAUGGACGACAUUCAGCUCUGUAAAGAAAUCACAAGGCUGAGACAGGAGCUGCAGAAACUUGUCACAGCUCCAGACAAUGACAAGUCCACAGAAGACGGAGAGAAGGAAGAGGAACUGCUGAAGCGGAUAAACAAGCUGGUGGAGACCAGAGACUUCCUGGUGGACGAUGUGGAGUUUGAACGGCUCAGGGAAAGAGAGGAAGACAAGGAGAUGGCAGCUUUUCUGGAGUCCAAAUUUCCCAGUUCUUUGGCCAAAAAAGGUGCUCUGCGAGAUCGGAGGGUUGCGUCACAAUCCCAGCAGACACCCAGUCCGUUUCUCACUAAAGCCGGACUGACGCUGCUGAAAGACUGCUGCGGCUUCACCUGCUCCGUCAUGUGAAGGAGUAAAACACUGCAUGGGUGUGUGUGUGGAAACACAAACGGGACUCCUCAGUGUUUUUACGUAUCCGUUCUGUGGGUUUCCUUUAAUGACAAAUGAUUCUGUAAGUGUUCAAUCCUCUUGAGCGUUUCCCGCACCACUGCCACACUGGAGUUUCAUGGACAGAAAAACAAAACGUCGAGCAUGGUUGCGGUAUGUUUGAAUGUUUGUACACAUAAAACGUGAAGAGUGUGGUGUGCGUUUGUUUUCAGCAACUUUUUCCUGCAAUUGGAGUUGACCAACUAACACAAGUUCAGUCAAAUUGGAUGGAAAUUGGACCAGAUUUCAGAAAGUGCUCACAGGGGGCGGUAGCCCGGGGCGCCAUUUUUGAGGGUAAUUCAGGGGCGUCAAAAACAUUUUCUUUUCUUUUUUUUUAAUCAAUGAGUAUUUUGCAAACGUUUUACUUUAUAUAAAACUCUUAGACCCACAUCAGGUGAGUUGUAUUAAUAUUUUGGGGAUUUUUAGGAAAAUAAACAAUUUUAUGUUUAUUGAAAGUCAAGUUUAAUUGUGUGGCACAUUUCAGCAACCAGUUGUGAAACACGCAAUACGUAGACAAAAUGUAGCAAUUAAUGUUACAUUUUGUCAAAUGCCAUCAUCAGAAUCAACAAGUAAAUACACACAAAAUGUUUUUUUAUGAAUCUAAGGCAACUGUGGGUACACUUGCCAAUCUACAUGUUGCUCACGUCUGACCAGAGCGUUGGCUUCUAAUCACCUAAAUAACUCAGAACAACUUGUCCACAGCAUGAAAUUCAAUAAAUUCAGUGCUUGUAACCUCACACAAUGUGAAAAAGUUAAAGGGUUUGUUUUUUAAUACCUUUGAAAAUUACUGUAUAUUUGGUCUGCAGUUGGUUUCUAUAAAUUGCUUCCUUCACACAAUCUCUUUUAGCAUAAGUGAUGCUAGAUGGCUUCAUGACUAAUCAUCUCUCUUUAAGUGACUGGAUUUGAUUAUGGCUGCUGUGGUGGUUUAAUUAGCCCAUCUGUAAUGUAUCGGACGGAGUAAGUGUAGAUCCCUUGAGGGAGGAAAACUCUCUUGCCAAUCUUAAUUUCUGUUGAGUGACUAUUAAAUUAUAAGAACCAAUUCUGUAACUGGUUAUAAUUUCAUUUAUUUGUGUAUUUGCACCCUAGUCUUUGUUUUUACAAAGAUCAAGUGAUGGUUUAAAUGAAAUCCAAGCGCGGUGAUGAACCCAAAAUUAACAUCUGUGCAUCGUUUUUACAACACGGGGGUUUCCAGAAUGCGGCGCAGAGCCCAUUUGUUGCCCUACGAUUGAUUUAGUGUGGACCCGGAUCCUGUUCUUGUUGCCAAUAACACAAACAACAAAAAUGCCUGGAUGGAAAAAUUGGAAUCACAAAAUAUCUACUCUAUUAACCUUUUAACAAUGGUUUUAUCAGCAUUGCAUUGAGAAGUAGCUCCUAUAAUAAGCU